GCGACCAGAUUCAGGUGACAGGAAAGAAGGAGAAAUGGCUGCAAGGUUACUGCUCCGCUCGGCUUUUAGAGCCGCUACUACCUGCCGGGCUGCCCCGGUUCCUGCUCUGACCCGCGGCAUGGCAGCUGGAGGGAUUCCCACCGAUGAGGAGCAAGCCACCGGACUGGAGAAGGUCAUCAUGAAGGCCAUGAAGGAUGGAACGGAUCCCUACAACAUGAUGAAACCAAAGGCGUACGCUGGCUCCAAGGCUGACCCCCACCUUGUUCCCUCCAUCACAAACAAGAGGAUUGUGGGAUGUAUCUGUGAAGAAGACAACACAGCCGUGGUUUGGUUCUGGCUUCACGAGGGCGAGGCCCAGCGCUGCCCGUCCUGUGGGUCCCACUACAAGCUGGUGCCCCAUGAGCUCCCCCACUAACCUCUACACCCCCCUGUUAUCAUAGACGUGUGUGACACAGCUGUGUGUCUGCACAGUGUUAGAAAUAUUCCUCUUAACCUUCAGAAGACAGCAACCUCUUCAUUCUUCACUCUCCAGGAAGUUGCUUUAUCGUGGAACUUUUUGGUUCAGUCUACUUCCUGGUCUUAAGUUAUGAGACCUUCUCUGAUUGGUGUUUGACUUGAUCUCCUUGCUGACCUCAUCAGUCUUUGCUUUACAUGUUACACAGGGAUCAGAUGCGGUUUGGGACACAACUGUUUCUUUUCAACAUUUCCACUGAGCUGCAGUUUACAUUCGCUCGUGUACUGUACGACGUUACACUCGGUCCACUUCCUGCUCCUGUUCAACCAAUAAAGUUUGCUGUGGAUGAACUUUGUUUGUUUG